AGAGAGAGAGAGAGAGAGAGAGAGAAUGUGUAGAACGAGCAUCGCUAGGUUGGAGCGGGCUCGCGAUCGCUCCUCGAUAUUUUUAGUGCGACGAGAGUAUUUGGCGGGGCGUACCCGCUACUCCUCGCUCCUCUCUUCGUCUUCGUCUUCGCGAACGUUUCUCAGCGUCCUCCUAUGUUCGCGUCGUCUUCGUCGACGUGCCUUAGUGCCUCCGUUCGCGUCCCUCUCGAUUGACGCGUUCGUCGCGAUCAACUCGUAAAGAGAGAGAAAGAGAGAGAGUAUCGCGUAUGAGGGCUGAUGAGUGGCACUCGUUUUCGCGCGAAAAAGAAAAAAGAGAAAAAGAUUCAAAACGCAACGGAGGUCUUUCUCUCUUUCUUUCUCUCUUUCUUUCAUUCGUCAAGAGUCUCGAGAUAUAUAACUUCGUUAUCGAUCAUAAAUACGAAUGUGAUGUUGCUAUCUUCGAUGAUGACCUUGAAUGAUGUGUCUCCUUCAUCUCACGGUGGAUCAAGCAAUCUUCUUGGCCCUCGACCCUGACCACUCGGACCUGGUCCAACGGAUCUCUAUCAUCAGCUCCGCUUAAACUCCGUUAAUACUAUUUUCUAGCAUAACUCGAUAUUGAAAUCAAAAUUAGUACGAGUGACACUUCGAUCUUCUUUUUCUUUGGAAUCGUUCGAACUAAGUACACCGGUUCGUCUAUCGUCGCUGAUAUCAUCCCCUCCUUUUGCUUUUGUGAACUUUAUACGAAUCUGAAUCAGGAAUUCGGGAUUUGACUUAGGAAAGUGCAAGUUGGUUGUCACGCGUUCUUUUUCGACUUGAGUGGGAAUUUUCUAAGAAGAAAAAAAAAAAGAAAAGAAAAAAGAAAGAAAAGGAAAGGGAAAUAUCGAAUUUCAAAUUAAUUCGAUCUAAUCUGUUAGCGGAGAGCGAGCUAACGGUAUCCUCUCUAUCUAUUUACAAGUUAAGAGUGAAAAGUUAAUUUUGCUGAGCGAGGUAACGAUCGAGUCGACCGUACCUCGGACGGUCGACUGAUCGCCAUUACCGAUCGCCAUUAUCGAUCAUCGAACGAGCUCUUGAAAGUUUUCUUCCAUUUCAUCAUCAUCUAUCAGCAACGAUGUUCAUAUUCGCGCAACGCGACGGUAUGUCGACUAGCAGACAAGGAUCGGCGUCACGACGUAGUCGUUAUGCUCGUUCCUCGACGACGACCAGCGUGACACAGCUUCUAACUGAUUCUUGUAGUAAUUUGCUUCAACGAUUGACCACCAGAGUACGUGGCACUUCUACGGCGAACGAUCGAUCGAUCGGAACAAGACGAUCACCGAAUGCGGGCAAUUAUCUUAGCAGUGCCAGGACUCGUUUAGAAGACAAGUAUUCCUCUAUAUUGGAUAAGUAUACUAAUAAGAAACAUGUCGAUGAUAAAGAGAAGAGUAUCGAGCUUGGUAACGCAAACGUUGCUGGUUAUUCCCGAAGAAAGGACGAACGAGAGCAUAGCUUUCAUCGAAGAGAUUCUUAUGGUAGAGAGGAGAAAACAUUGGAACCAUCGAUGCCACGUUCCGUCGUUAAAAGUGCCACCAGUGUACUUCUCAGCGAGAAAGCUUAUCCUUACGUCAGUUCGGUUAACACUAGAGAGUCGAAACGUGAGAAAACACCUGGUUAUCAUCGUAGGACGUCCGAUAGACAAACACUCUUAAGCUCGGAAGCUUAUCGACGUUACGGUAGACACAAAUCCGGUCACGCUGAAACACGCAGUAGAAAGGUCAGGCCGCAUCGGAAUGGUAAAAGCGAACAACUCGAUUGCAGGUCGACCUCCCUUAGAUCUUUAGCUCGUCCAAACAGAGUCGAACCUUUGAGCUUAGUCGCCGGCAAGGAAGUUCUUAGCGAUCCAGAGAAAACACCAACCGGCGGUGGUAUUGCCGACGAUGCGAUACCAAAGCACGAACCUAACUACGACGAUAACGAGGAAGUUGAUCCAGCUAUUUCCGAAAGAGCAGCCAAACGCAAAGAGAUACAAAGUUUGAUUAUGAAAUACGCGGCUAUGGACGAGGCUUACAGCGAAUUAGCUACCGGUGGUGGUCAAGGAAAUGCGAAACCAAGUACAACCGAUAUCAUCGCCAGCAAGUAUAAGAAGAAUACUCGUGGUAGUAAUAACAAAAAGGAAGUCACGAAGAAUGCAUACGCGUCGAAUACUUCGUCGACUGUCAUUAACGAGGUGGAUACGAACCACGCGAUCAGCCCACGACCGCCCUCCGUCGAGGACGACGAAGACGGCCACCUUGUUUACCAAUCCGGCGACAUCCUGGCAAAUAGAUAUAAAGUACUGGCCACCCUAGGAGAGGGUACUUUUGGAAAAGUUGUCAAGGUUAAGGACAUGCAAAUGGAUCACGUAAUGGCUCUCAAGAUUAUCAAGAACGUCGAGAAGUAUCGAGAAGCUGCGAAACUUGAGAUCAAUGCUUUGGAGAAGAUAGCCGCUAAGGAUCCUGAGGGACAUCAUUUAUGCGUAAAAAUGUUAGACUGGUUCAACUAUCAUGGACAUAUGUGUAUCGCCUUCGAGAUGCUUGGGUUGAGCGUUUUCGAUUUUCUGAAAAAAAAAACCAUGUUACAGAGAGACAACAAUUAUCAGCCUUAUCCGUUGGAACAUGUUAGGCAUAUGGGUUACCAGCUUUGUUAUGCUGUUAAAUUUUUACACGACAACAAACUUACGCACACCGAUCUUAAACCUGAAAAUAUCCUAUUCGUAGAUUCCGAUUACGAAAGCACGUACAAUAGUAAAAAGUUUUUUCUUUUUAAGCGAAAAGAUGUGAGGCGCGUUAAAAGGACCGACAUCAGACUAAUCGAUUUUGGUAGUGCUACGUUUGACCAUGAACACCAUAGCACAAUUGUUAGUACAAGACAUUAUAGAGCGCCUGAAGUCAUUUUAGAAUUAGGAUGGUCUCAACCUUGCGAUGUAUGGUCUAUUGGUUGCAUUCUAUUCGAAUUGUACCUGGGUAUAACAUUAUUCCAAACGCACGAUAAUCGUGAACAUUUGGCAAUGAUGGAACGUAUACUAGGUACAAUUCCACACCGUAUGGCAAGGAAAACGAAGACGAAGUAUUUCUAUUACGGUAAAUUAGAUUGGGAUGACAAAAGUUCAGCCGGCAGAUAUGUCCGUGACAAUUGUAAACCUUUAUAUCGUUAUUUGUUGUCGGACGACGAUGAACAUCGACAACUAUUCGAUCUUAUUAAAAGAAUGCUGGAGUAUGAGCCAUCACAAAGGAUAGCAUUGAAGGACGCCUUGCAACAUCCGUUUUUCGACGCUCUUCCAGCGCAUCAGAGAUUAACCGAUCCACGUGCGGCUGGUGAUUCACAACAAAGUCAUGAACGAUCGCACUCGCUCUCUCGAUGAAGCUAGGAAAGGGACCGACUUCCGUACUGGACAGACACUAAUAAUAAUAAUAAUAAUAAUGAGAAUAAUAAUAAUAAUUAUAAUAAUAAUAAUAAUAAUUAUAAUAAUAAUCCAUUUUCAACGAUAUUACUGCCCUACGUCUUUGUACUCGCUUUCUCUUUACCUCAUUUUUUCUCGAAUUGCUCAACGAUGAUUAUUAUUCUUAAUCGUUGUCAUCGUUGUUAUUCUUGCUCAAAAAGAACCCGAUGACAUUUCGUGAUGAAACACUUUGCACGAAGACACCCUCAAAAAUGAUUGAUUGGAAAGAAACUAAGUAAAUAAGAAAAAUAAAUAAUAAUGAUAUAACUGCAUGUUUUUUCUUCCUUUUUUUUUUCUCUCUCUAUUCUUGUUUUCUGUUUUUAGAAUUCAGUGAUAUUUACAUAAAGAGCCUAUAAGAGUUGGUACUAGAGAAAAAGAAAGCGAGUACUGCGAUGACAAGCAGCGACGGGGGUUAAGGGACGGAUAGGAGAGAUUUGUUAAGCCAAAUGUGGUGGAAUUUGGACUUGAUCGGGAACGUGGUACACGCUCGUCUAAUCGUACAUGACGUGUGUAUGACGUGUGAUAUAUCCCGACGAUUCGUAGGGCCUUUUUCACCGGGUCGAUCUUGACGCGCGUUAAUAUCUCGUGGUUUAUUUCUUGGACCACCAAUAAUAAUAAUAAUAAUUAAUAAUAAUUAAUAAUUAAUAAUAGUAAUAAUAAUAGUAAUAAUAAUAAUAAUAAUAAUAAUAAUAAUAAUAAUAGUAAUAAUAAAUAAUAAUAAUAAUAAUGCUAAAUUUCAAACGCACCAAGAUCCUUCUCUUUAACUCACUGGUUAUCGGAAGCCAGUUUGUUAUAAUAUAUGUGUGUGUGUGUGUGUCUGCUCAGUCUAGCGUAACAGAGUCCCAAAUUGUAAAACACACAUUUUCUAUAAAACACUCUUCUGUACAUUUUGCCUUUAAUUUUAUUAUGAUGUUAUUAUAGAUGAACAAAGUUUGAAGUAAAAGAAAAAGAUUACUUGAGAGGGGAGUCGGGGAGGGGGGGGGUUGUAGUUUAUAAUCUAUUUGUUAUAAUGACCGUGCCGAGCUGUAGUAGUAAGUAUCGGAUUCUUAGGAUAUAAGACGGUAGACGAUUGCGUACAUGUUUGAAUAAAAGAGGUUAUAUAGAGAAAGAGAGAAAGAGAGAGAGAGCGAGAUUGUGAGAGAGUGAAAGUGAGAGUGAGAGAACGAGCGACGAGUGCAUUGCGUGAGAAAUUAAAAUGAAUGCCAAUCCCAUUAUCACGAAAUAUAUACACUAUCGUUCAAAUAUCUAAGUGAUAUAAUUAUUUUACGUGAUAGAAUGCUCUGGAUGAAAUACAUUAUUAUGGUGUAUCAUCUUGAAGCACAGAGAAAACGUAUUUAUUCAUUUCUUCGGUUGGUUAUCGAGUUUUAUCAUUUUUUAUGGAACGACUUGAUUACCCUUGAAUUUAUUAUUGUACUCUCUUGCGUCUGAAGAAGAAGAAAAAAAUAAAAUGUCGUUUGUUCUUCUAUUGACGUAAUACAACGAGAAUAUAUCGUCUCUAUAUAUAUAUAUAUAUAUAUAUAUAUAUAUAUAUAUAUAUAUAUAUAAUAUAUAUGUGUAUAUACACACAUAAUGUGUGUGUAUAUACAUAUAUAUCUCGCGUCUUACCUCAUUUGACGAUGUGUGUGAGAUACGUGUUAUUAUAUUUACAUGUACGAAAGCAUUUCUCGACUAGUGUUAUGUCGUCACGAGAAGUGGUACUAACGCAAGUGUUUUCUCUUUGUUCUUAGUUUAUUAUUAUAAAACGCGAAAGAAUUUUUAAGUUAGCUGCUCUCAUUACCACGAUAAGAGGGGAAUGCCUAAUUAACAGAAAGUACUGUUUCGAUUAGUAAUAAAAAUACGUUUCUUCGAAAUAA